AUUAUUUAUAUCCCUUCGUACGGCCUCUGUUUUUUCUCUCCUUGAUGUAGAUUCCUUGAAUACACCUCAGAUUUCACUUACAGUUGCAUUUCCCUUCUUCCCGUCUUCUCUCUCUCUUUUCUCUCUCCUUUUGAACGACGACUUUUUUGCUUGCGAUGGAUAGGGAAGAUUCGAUGGUUGUUAAUGGUGGCGGAGAGUUUAUGCUGUUUGGUGUUCGUGUUGUCGUUGAUUCUAUGAGGAAAAGUGUUUCCCUCAACAAUCUUUCUCAGUAUGAACACCGUCUCGAUUCUUCUUCUUCAACGAACGACGUCGUUCCUUCCGAUGCUCCUGUUGCAAAUGCCGGUUAUGCAUCUGCUGAUGAGGCGGUGGUCAAUCGUUCUUCCACCACUGCUUCUGCUAGUCGUGAACGCAAACGAGGGGUUCCAUGGACGGAGGAAGAACAUAAGUUGUUUUUGCUUGGAUUGCAGACCGUUGGAAAAGGCGAUUGGAGAGGAAUUUCUAGAAACUUCGUGAAAACAAGAACGCCAACACAAGUUGCAAGUCACGCUCAGAAGUAUUUCAUUCGACAGAGUAAUAUUAAUCGUCGAAGUCGUCGUAGAUCUAGCCUCUUCGAUAUCACUACUGAUUUGGUUGCUGUAAAUCAAACGGAUGAUCAACGAAUCAGGAAGGAAACCAAUGGAGGUUCUCAAGCAAUACCUUUACAACAACAGCAACAACAAUCACCGAAAUCGGAGAACUCAAGUGUCAUAUUCUCUGUUCAACAACAAGAAUCAAUCAGAUUUUCAUCGCCUUCACCUCCGAUCUAUUCAUAUAAUCGUCAACAAGUGGUUGAUUACAAAAUGAAGAUGAUCGAGACUGCGGCAACAAGUAGUAACAGCAGCAGUAAAUCAAUGGCGGAUUUCGAUCUUAAUCUUUCUCUCUCCCUGUCUUCUUCUCCAGAUCGUGCAAAUUCAAGGCAUUCAGCUUUUCAGGUUACCCAAAGGUUCAGCAAUGUUGGGGAUAGUAUUAUAAGUGUGGCUUAACUGAUUAUCGUGAUUAUUAAUUGAUUAAUUAAAUUAAUAACCACCUGAAUGUUUUCAAGAAAAUGGAUGAAAUGUUGCGGUUAUAUGUUAUAUCAUGGAUAAGUUAAGUAUGCGUGAUUGAGUAAUUAUCUUUAUGCUAAUUAAUUAAGUUGAUCUAAUUCUAGUAUUAAUAUUAAACCUCAUAAUCAAAAAGAAAAAACACUGAUGUUUUUAUGAUCAAUUGAUCAUCAAUUUAUCUUAUCUUUUUUUUUUUGUGUGUGUUAAUUCAUUUUGUUGUGGUGUAGUUGGUGGUGACGAGUGAUGACUGGUGGAUAAUUUUCUUGUUUUGCUCAUGGAUCAGAUGUUACCCUUUUCCAGGAUAAUAGUACAUAAUCUAAUUGACUGGUGGAUAAAAUUUGUUUUUCUUUUUGUGAUUGUUCUCUAUAAUUCCUAUACGUUGUGGCUUAUCAUAGAUUUGUAUAAAAUUUUUGGAUCAAUUAUUGACUACAGUCUUAAAGUUUGUUUAUUUUAGAAUAAACAGCAUCAAAGUUUUUUUUUUUUU